CUGCUUCUUUGGGUCUUUUCCCAUUAAAGUCAAAGCCUGUCCAGGCAAUUAUUAUGUCUAUGAGCUGCUUAGACCAACUGUGAGCCGAUCAGCCUACUGUGCAGGUGUUAACAGCUCUACCACCAUCACACCAACAACCAUCUCAACUGGUACUGUAACACACUGUGUCUCUAUUGACUUGUUUUCUAGCCUGAUGACUGUGAUGAUCUCUGCUGUUAAAUGUGUGUGUGUGAGUGAGUUUGUGUCAGUAGGUGAUGUUAGACAGGAAGUUAAGGAACUAGUUACUUUGCAAACUAUCUUCUCCAACUUCACACAAAGACCACAUGAAAUGAUCAUUAAAAAAUAAAUAAUAAUAAUAAUAAUUAUAAUAAUAAUGCAUUUUAUUGAUAAUCACCUUACAAGGCACUCAAGGACACCUUACAAGCAAAAGUUAUCUUAAAACAUUUCAGAGCAUGGCGUAUCUAGAAAUUGUAUAUUCAUGAUGAAUAGAGUCUUUGCCAGGUCUGGAAAUCACAUUAAAAGUAAGCUGCCUCAUAUAUUCAGGUAUAUUUUGAAAGACAGAUUGAUGAAGUUGUUUUAAUUUAUGUUAACGCUUGCUUUGUCGCAUAAGUCUAAAGUCAUCUUAAAGGGAUAGUUCACACAAAAAUUUAAAUUCUGUCAUCAUUUACAUCAUUUACACCGCCUCAAGUUGUUCAAAACCUCAAAAGUGUCAUGAAUCUGGGUCCACGAUGCUCCCUCUCACCACCAGAGGUCACUGUUUCCCGGAUUCAAUUCUCCAAACUCCACUCACCUCAUUAUUGUUUAAUUUGCCCCAGCUGUGUUCCUGAUUGCCGUCCCUACUUAAGCUCCCUGUGUUUUCUGUUCUGGGCUCGUUCGUCUCACUUUUGUGCCAGAAGAUUCCUUUUGCCAGCAAUUGAGUCUUCGUUCCUCCCAACCCGUGACAAAAAGUUGUUUGCUGAGACCUGCUGGUUGAGAAUUCAUCCUUCUGUUGACCCCUGCUACAACUACACUGUACUGGAUGAUCCAUGGAGAGCCAACAGCAGUCAGCCAUCAAACCCCUCCUACAAGUGUGACCAGUAUGUCAUCUGGAGCGGCUGGUAUCGUCUCUUCAUUAACGGUGUGAGCGCUCACAUCCCAGACACGUGUGUUGAAAGGUAUAGCUGUGGCACUCGUUACCCACUGUGGAUUCAUGGUGAACACCCAAGAGUUCAAGAUGGAGUCGUCACUCGAGAUGUCUGCGGUCAUGCUGCCAAUUACUGCUGCUUCUUUGGGUCUUUUCCCAUUAAAGUCAAAGCCUGUCCAGGCAGUUAUUACGUCUAUGAGCUGGUGAGACCAACUCCCGGUUAUGCAGCAUAUUGUGGAGGUAUAAAUAUAACACUGCCAGAAGAAUGCACUAAACAGCUUACUCAAGAAUGUCUUCAAAAUCUUCUUGAGCAGAUGGAGAACAUUACAGCUCAAGAGCUUCCUGUGACUACUGUGACGAACAUUUUGAAUCUGGUCUUCAACACUUUGGAGAAGAUUGUAGAGUCAUCAUCAUUAUCAAACAAAACUGAACUUGCCUCCUAUGGGAACCGUUUGUUAGAAGCCAACGAGAAACUCAUUUCUACAUUAGUGAAGCCAACAAACACAAGUGACAAUGUCAGUUUCACUCUUGCUGCUGUAGGGGCAGAAGUCUUCAUGGUUGGACCAGUUGUCACCCUAGAGAAAAUCCCUCGACUUGACACGACAAAUUCUUCUAUGGACAUCGAUCUCAUUGGGAUCGCCAAGAACAACAAUGAAACAAGAUCAGCUAAUGUGGGUUUCAUGAGCUUCAACACGAUGGAGAAUCUACUGAAGUCAGACUUCUUCAACACACCAAACAACACGAUUAAAACCAUGAUGUCUACUGUGAUCUCAGCUACUCUUCCCAAAACCACCAACACUAAACUCACCAAACCAGUCAACUUCACCUUCAGACACAUCAGAGAGUUUGAUCCCAACGGUUCUCUGUCCUGUGUGUACUGGAAUAUCAGCGAGUGGAUUGUAGAUGGUUGUUCUGUUUUAAAGACCAAUAGCAGCUUCACUGUGUGUUCCUGUGUUCAUCUGUCCACAUUCGCUCUCAUCAUGCAAACCAGCCGCCCACCAGAGAGCGACUCACUGCUGGAGCUGAUGAAUUUGGUGUGUGUGAUCGUGGGGCUGGUGUUCUUCACAUUGGCCCUGAUGACCUUUGCCCUUUGUCAGUGGAGUCCUGGAGUGAAUAAUGUGGCUCGAAUCAACAUCUGCAUCAGUCUUCUGCUGGCUCACCUUCUGUUCCUGCUCACACAGCGGUUCCUGAGCCUCAUACGGCCUCAGCAGGUGUUGUGUGCCGUGAUCGCAGGCCUUCUGCACUUCCUCUUUCUCUCCGGCUUUGUGUGGAUGUUCAUUGAAGCUGUGCUGCUCUUCAUCUGUGUGAAGAACCUAUCACAGAUCAGCUCCAAAAAGAGGGCGGAGCUUAGAAAUGGAUUCUUGUGUGUGAUUGGAUAUGUGGUUGCUCUGGUUGUGGUGGGCGUGUCUGUCGGUCUGGUUCCUGACGGCUACGGCAGCGAACACUGCUGGAUUAAGAUGGAUAAAGGCUUCAUCUGGAGUUUUCUGGCACCUGUUUGCAUCAUUCUAGCAUUAAACAUGAUUCUCUUUAUCUGCAUCAUCAUCAGUCUAAACUCAUCUCUCACAAAACUGAACGCUGAAGUUUCACAGUUGAAAAAAAACAAGAUUAUGGUGUUUAAAACACUGGCUCAGUUUGUGGUUCUUGGUUGCCCCUGGAUUCUGGGUUUCUUCACUAAUGGCAAUAAGGUGCUGGAGAUCCUCUUCCUGAUCUUGAACUCGCAGCAGGGAACCUUCAUCUUCCUCAUCUACUGUGUCCUCAAUCAUGAGGUCAGGCAGCAGUACAGGAGGUUCUUCAGAUGUCUUUGCUGUGCCAAACAACACUGAGAACUACAGCAUCAUGUUCAGAAAAUGAGUGAAGUGACAUUAUUGUAAAGUGAUUCUAUCAUUAUUUAGAAGUUAUAUUAGCCUAUAAAUGUCACUACUUUUUUUU